AUGGAAGACAUGAGUCUUUCUGCUGCGUAUCGGUUGGGUCUGUGGCUGCUUGUGUGGGUCAUCUCAGUGCCUCUCGCAGACGGGGCGACCGACGAGCGAAGCGGGCCGAUUACGGUCAGCUAUGGCGACGCGCAAUGUCUCAAGUACAGUUACAGGAUGACGAUGAAUCUCGGAUCGACAUCCAAAACUCGAAGCUUUGGACUUAAAUCGGAGGUUCUUGUUCACGUCAAGCAGCAGAAUCCUGAUGGGUCUUGGCUGUUGGAGCUUCAGCUAUCAGAACCACGAAGACUUUACGAGACAAGUUCAGGGUACCUGGCUGCCAUGCCAGCUGAGAAAUCUCUACGUCACAAGCUGGGAAAGGAGUUCUUCAUCGUUCACAGCAAAGCUGGAGUUAUUGAUACAGUUUAUUAUCCUGCCAGUGACGAUCAGGAGGCAGUAGCUAUCAAGAAAGGUGUUGCUUCCUGUCUGAAUCUCAACUUGUCACUCAGUCACCAACCAAGUUAUCAUACACACGACAUCGACGACGUCGGUUGGCAUACCGGAUUCGUAACGGUUUCCGACGGUCGCACACCCGGUACCUUUGUGGUAUCGAAACAACACGGCCACGAGCACUACCAUCGCUUCUCGCACGAAAACACUCUUCCGGGAUCAAGAAAGGAAAACAGGCGGCACGUCAUUACUCUCGCCAACAACAGCAUGAUCGAAUCGUCUAGUAAAGACUAUGCAGGUCGGCUGCCAGAAGACAAGAAUUUUAAAUCUAACCUCCCGGACGGUCUCAAAUUUAGAGGAGAGGGUUCUCUUCGUCUUGAGGGUCACUGCAGUAGUGAGUCAGUCAGAACGAGACGAUCAGAUACGGAUGUAGGAACUCUCGUGAAAGAUAGUCUACCUACAAGUAUUAAGCAUGAGUAUGUUCAAUGGUCUAAGGUAGAGAAUCUGGGUCGAGAUCGAGAGACUUAUGAUUCCCGGAGCGUCGAGUACUUGAUGGAUUGUAUCAACGAGGAACAAUCGGAGAAGGUAGUAGAGCAGUGUGUCCACGCACUGAUCCGGCGUUUCAAAGACGACGGCGCUGAUGCUAGGAGAGCGAUUAGUUUCAUUUGUCAACAUGAGAAUCCGCGGUCUUUCAGAUGGCCGUAUUUGGUACAAAGUUUGGGCGUGUCGAAAACCGGUCAGCACUGUCUUGCAGAUCUUCUUCGUAAUUCGACGCUCACUCAUGAUGAUCAACUACGUGUUAUUAAAGGAACGCAUUUGGUUACAGAAGUGGAUGAGAGUUUAGUUGAUUCUCUGAUCUCGUUUACUCGACCGGGACCGUCACACUCGAACUUUACAUCGCGACUUUCCGCAAUCGUAUCUCUAGGUCUCGUCACAGGCGCUGGCAGGCCUAGUGCACAGAUAACCGAUCGAGUUCUAAAUCAUCUCCACUCUUCUUUAUAUCAAUGCCCAGAACGAGACUACGACGCGCGUGCAAGUCAAUUCAUAGACUACGUGGAGCUAUGGAACUCUGAUGCAGCUAAUGGAUCACGAAUGGCCGUCGGUACGGAAGGCUAG